GUGUGUGUGUGUGUUAUUCUGAAAUUCACUACAAUGGAGUCUGACCUGUCACAUGAGUAAACAGCUUUUCGCUGAACGUUACACACACUUUGUAAUCAGUGUAUAGUCCGGUGUACCUGUGAGCUCUUACUACAGAAACAGUAAAGUAUGUGAGCUGAAAUGAAUCCGCAGUGCAGCAGAACAUUUCUGUUCUACAUAUUAGAACAUAUUCCUGAGAUGUGUGUGAAGUCCUUGAUGCUGCUGGAGAACAGUGUGUGAUUCUCAUGUUGUACUCCUAUCAGUGUGUAUGACACAACACCACAUGACAGUCUUAUUCUCUAAAGACUCUGGUUAGGUGUGUGUGUGUGUGUGUGUGUGUGUGUGUGUAAGUAGACAGAAAAACAAUUAAAACAGAGAAAAACAGCUGGUACCUGUGACACCUCGACUAUCGUGUGUCUCUAACACUAUAAUCCUGUUAAACUACUAAUACUAAAUAGUCAAUAACAAUUAAAACCAUUUAAAAUUAUUUUAGUUAAGACACAUAUAAUUAUAGAAUGAAUAAUAAUUAUAUACUGAAUAUUUGACGGAGCAGGAGCUUUGCUUUUAAUCUCACCCAUGAUGUUAUAUAAAAAAGUCAACACUGGUCAUGAUAGAAAGGCACCAGAACACCCAGUGCACCAUCGCCCACCACACACACAGAGUCCAGGAGGCAAAGAGCCCGACACCCCCCACCCAGCCUUCAAUCUCCAGAUCCCGAUCUGAUCCAGCCCCACGGGAUACAAGUCCAAUCCACAGAGGAUCCACCCCACAACCCACUGAACCCAUAGGAUCUACUGCCAAUGUCCUGGUGCCAGACACCACAGCACCCCCAGAGGCCCUGUGGAGCCACGCCCCAAAGGGGCCAGAGCCACCCUGGUGCCACACAAACCUGGGCUUAAUGCUGUAUGGUUUUAAUGUGGUUGCAACAAAGUCAACAUGAUCCAUGAAAACAAGACACCAGUUGCUAAUAAUUUCUGACACAUUUUGAUUGUCGUCCAGAUCAUCACCAUGAGCAGAAUAGAGACCCUGAAUGAAAUGUUUCAUCUGGAGCACAGUCGAUUUGGCCGUCCAACUCCACGACACGGACUCAAGCUGCUCUACUGGUUCGCUAACGAAUUUCUCUCUUUUGAUCUCAACAAUGAAAUGUUCUCUGAGUACGAUCCAGAUGACGGAGUGUUCGGGUUCCACCCAUUUGAGAACCGAUAUAAAAGAAACGGAGUUAAGCUCCUGCCUGAUGUGGAUCUGCCCUACUACGUGGUGGGGAAUCUGAACAAACCCCAGUCGAAUGAGCUGCCCCUUUACCUCCGAGAGGAGUACACCGGUCGCUAUGACAACAGCAACAUGGACCGCAUCAUCAUCAGCAUGAAUAAUGAGUGGCUGGAUAAAGUUUAUGUGACGGAACAUCAUGGUCGCUCCAACUACAACUCAGACGCCACCUACCGCAUCAGCAAGGGCCUCCUGAAGAUCAUCCAGAGACUGAGCUUAGUCGACUUCCUCUGGAGAACUGGGUUUUCAGAGUACAAUGUCAAAAUUCCUGCGCCGAUUAUCAGAAGUCUGAACAUUAACAUCCCUCAACCCAAACAAACACCUGUCAGUCAAAUGGCCAUCACUGCAAUGCCAUCAGUCAGUUCUCAGAGGAGCCAGUACACCUGGUUAGAUUAUUUUUUAUUUCUACUUUUAUUUUUUGCAUUAUUAGCUUUAUGGUUUAGUGCCACUGUUAAACUUUAAUAAACUGUAUAUAGAAGAGGAAAAUAAUAACAUGGGAAUUUCUGCAUUUUUCAUUUCUAACAAAAGAUUGAUUUCCAAAUCAGAUGUGUUUGGUUCUGCAUCUGGAUAUUAAAUAGUCUAAAGUAAAGCUCAUUAUCCUUAAGCCUUUAUUUGUCACAUAUACAUUACAGCACAGUGUUAUUCCUUCUUGAUUACUGAACUGUACCAUCUGCAUGAUCACUAAAUACAUGUCCUUAAUAAGUGUAAUGCAACUUGUAUAUAAGUGUAGAGAGUAAGAGUGUUACAGUAGGGGUGUUACAGUAUGAAGCAGUUAUUUUCAGUGUAUUUUCUGUACAGUUUUUUUUUUUUUGUGUAACUUGUAUACAUAUAAACACAUAAAUGUGGAAACAGGCAAACUGAUGAUAGGCACAAACCUUUUUUAUUUUAAAAACAAAAAGUGUAUUGGUAUCUCUGUGCACAUCUAC